GAUUAUCUGCCCUGUAGGUUGGUCCGGGACAAGGAUGGGUUGAGGAGAAGGUUGGAGGAGGAGGAGAGGGAGUUCAACAUCAGGAAGAAGGAGUUCGUCGCAAACCUCGUUAAUCUAGAGAAACAGGAGGUUGAAAGAAGAGAGAAGGAAUUAGAGAAGAAGAAAGAAGAAUUAAAAGAGAAGAAAAGAUUGAACAAACAGGUUGUUGACAAGUUUGAAGAACAGAUGAAAUUAUUGGAGAAAAAACUUGCUGAGGUCAAAGAAGAACAAAUUAGAACUGAGAGUGGUAUAGAAGGGGAGAUAUCAGAGAUUCAAAGAAAACUUGAUGCGGUCCGAAUGAGCUUGAAUGAGAAGUUGGAAAGUAUGGAUGAACCAUCCGCCCCCAGCCCUGGUUCAUCACAUUCUCAUCCCUCCUCUCCUCCUCUCUAUCCUGACCUACUGGGACUCUCAAGAUCAAGUUCUGGUUAUGUAGGAAGGGAUAUGCAUGGAUCAACAGGAUCCUCCCCCCAGGUAUCUCUCGCAUCAACUACCAGUACAUCAUCAACAAGAGUAGAUUCAGACUGAUCAGUGUAGAGCCACAGAUCAAUCAAGAUCAAAUGAUCAAAACCAAUCCAUUCAGUGAAAAAGAGAGAGUAAAGAAUAUAUUUCUGAGUAAAUACAUAAUAAUAGUGA